CUGGAUAAACUGCAGCAACUGCAACUGCGGAAAUAAAUAUGUUGAGGAGAGGGGUUAAGUUGCGUAUGUCUCGCGACUAGAGGUAUCUUUACUCCCUCUGCUUGUGUUGUUAUACAGUGUUUAAUUGUGUUUUACUGAAAUUUUUGUAAGAAAAUGUCCGGCGAACAGUUCUCCUUGGUUUGGAACACUUUCCCUAGAAAUUUGUCGUCAGGACUCUACAAUUUGCUCACCGGUGAACAACUAGUCGACGUUACCCUCGCCGCCGAAGGUCAAAUUUUGCGAGCUCACAAAUUAAUUCUGUCCGUCUGUAGCUCUUACUUCAGAGAACUGUUCAAGGGAAAUUCAUGUAAACAUCCAAUAGUAAUCUUGAAAGAUGUCAACUAUCGCGAUUUGGCGGCAAUGUUGCAUUUUAUGUACCAAGGAGAAGUCAAUAUCAAACAAGAAGACAUUGCAAGUUUUCUGAAAGUCGCUGAAGUUUUACAAAUCAAAGGUCUCACAAAAAACAACGACGAUGAUUUUUGCGACAAAGAUGCAGAAAACUCGGAACAUUCGAUCCUCAGUGAUAAAAAUGACACAGCCCAGUCAGCGAUGGACCAUAAUGAUUGCGAUGUGAUUCAAGAAAUACCUCAACCUGUCGAUAAAUGUGACUGUUCGUCUUCCAACAAAAAAUCAGAAACAUUGAGCCAAAAAUCAAGAGAGGACUCUGUUCAAAAAGUUGAAUUGGAAUCUGAGCCCGAGCCCGAGCCUGAGCCUGAUCACGCUGAAAACAACAUGCAAGAAUAUUUGGAUAGAGAAUGUCGAAAUGAAGGAGAGCAACCGUUGGAUUGUACUCUCGAUUUUAUAAAAAUGCCACAACCUGAAAGAGAUUGGAUAGAUUAUAAACCCGGUAUAGACACAAAUUCUGUGAGUCAAACACCGGAAACGAGCGAGAAACAAAUGGAACAUCAAACAGACACGAGGAUACAUGACUUGCAGCCAGAUCCACAUAUGCAAUACUCUCAACCUGAAUCUUCCUUAAAUUAUAGUAACACAGAGGCUUCCUUUCAAAACGAUUAUCCCAGCGAUUCGGCAAGUUGUAGUAAUCGAGGUAGAAGAACAGUAAAAGGAAUUCCAGGCAGCAGUUUAUCUUUGGAGACAACAUUAAGGGUAAUAUCAGAACUCGGGCCAACGAUUCGUGUUGAAAGAGGUAAAGUAAUACGAAUGUACUCUUGUCCUUGGUGUUUACGGCAUUUUACACGGAAGGAAAAUUUAAAAUUACACGUUAAAUAUAUUCACGGUCCGCUUGAAAGUCUAACAUGUAAACUCUGUGGAAAUAAAUACAAAAACAGUAACAGUCUACGAGUACACUCGUAUCUUUAUCAUAAUGCGAAGAGAAAUAAACAUAAUAAGUCACCUCUCAUCAGUGGUGGCGUCUAAAGGACUGAUUUUUUAAGAAAGCUUUAGUCAUUGACAAACAAUGUUGCCGUUAUGUUACAUUGGCUGUACAGCAUAAAUUGUUAUUAUAUUUAUACUCAUGCGUAUCGAUACACCCAAUGCGUGAAUCUAUUUCUAAAAAAAAAAAAAUAUUGCGUACUUGCUAGUAGAGGAGCGCAGAAAUAAAAAUCAUUUACAAA